CCCAAGGCAUAUAUGCUUUCUGUGCAUGCAUGCAAAGAAUAUAUAUACUCCCUAGACCCUAGCUAGCUAGCUACCUUAAUUAUAUUACGUGCCUUGUCCAUCUCUUCAUUCACAUUAAUUAAAACGUCAAUAACAACAAUUAAUGUGUGCAUGCUGUAUGUGUUUGAAACAUUGAAGUAAAUUAUAUUUCCCAUUGUCCCAUCGAGUUUAUUGAAAAAAUAUAAACUGAAUUAUAUAUAUAUAUUUGGGGGGGCGGGCGGCCAUGGCUUCAACCAAAACUGCUUCAAGUGUUCUUUUGAUUGCCAACGCCAUACUGUAUUUCAUUGUUAUUGUAAUUGCUUCCUGGGCUGUUAACCAUGGGAUUGCCAGAUCCUACCGCACAGCAUCAGUAAUGUCAAUGCCAGCAAAAAUAUUCCCAAUCUAUUUCCCAUUUGGGAACAUGGCGACAGGGUUUGUGGUCAUAUACUCACUCAUAGCUGGCGUGGUGGGCUUCAUAACCUCCGUCGCCGCGUUUCUCAAUCUAACCGGUGCUCAAUGGGACUCACCCAACCUCCAUUCGGCUGCUGCUUCUUCCCUUGUUUCUUGGCUUCUCACCCUCCUUGCUAUGGGAGUCGCUUGUAAAGAAAUAAGCUUAGGGUGGACUGAUUCAAAUUUGAGGACAUUGGAGAUAAUUUUAAUAAUUUUGAGUGGAACACAAUUAUUCUGCACGGGUGCGAUCCAUGCUGAAGUUGAAAAUGUGGUGAGCAGGGAGAGGAUAAAUCUAGGAAGAAUGUAAUUAAUAAGAUUGUGUUUUUACAUAAUUAUUCCAAAUGAUGUUAUGAUCAUGUGCAUAAUUCACUUUAUAUAUUUCUAUACUAAGAUGUAUCCUGUUUCAACUGCAUAAAGGAGAGUGAGCGUGACAAAAUUUAUUAUGAGAGUGAGUGUGACAAUUUUUAUUCAUAGUAAAUAAAUUCAUUAUCAUUCA